CACAGAUCUCAAUGAGUUAAAAACAUAGACACUGGUUAUAUGUCUGAGAUUGUAAAAAAGAAACUUUCUUAAGGUCUGCAACUGAUCGUCGUUAACAUGGUGAAUGUGAGCAGCAGUGGUGUCCUGCAUUACCUUCUUGGUGUUGGUAAUAUUUUAUGAGCAAUAGGAAAGAAGUUGCCCAUGUCUUCAUUCAGAUAUUUACGAGAGGAUCAGGAUCCUAAUGCAGAAGGAAUACCUAAUUGCAAGUCUUCUACUCUUUGUACUUCUGCAAACACACCAAGAGACUCCAGUAUAAUGAAAUCAUAAAAGGUUAAACUGGAGAAUCCAGUCCCAACUCUCCAGAAUCUCCAGCGGUCAGUGGUAUUCACUACACUCCAAGACAAAGGACAAAUACAAUUUACCCCUAUCUGCUCAUUUACACUAUUAAGACUUUUGGUGAUAGUGAAAAUGUAGUAAAACACCAGCAGAUUUACUGAAGAGAGACGCCUUAUUACUGCACAGAGUGCAAAAUGAGUUUUACUAGGGAGAAUAAUCUCCAAACACAUUCAGAAGAGAAACUGUAUCACUGCUCAGAGUGCAGAAAAAGUUUUACUAAAAGAGGACAUUUUACUAGACACCAGCGGAUUCACACUGGAGAAAAACUGCAUGACUGCACAAAGUGUCCUAGGAGUUUUACUCAAAGAGGACGUUUGACGAGACAGCAGCAGAUUCACACUGGGGAGAAGGUGCAUCACUGCACACAGUGUCCUAAGAGUUUUACUGAAAGAGGAACUUUAGUGACACACCAGCGCACUCACACUGGAGUAAAGCCCUUCUUCUGUUCGCUAUGCGGAAAAAGUUUUACUCAAAGAGGAGGGUUAGUGAAACACCAGCGGAUUCACACUGGAGAAAAGCCGUAUUACUGCACAGAAUGCGGAAAGAGUUUUAAACAAGCAAAUAGUCUCCAAAUACACCAACGUGCUCAUUCAGGAGAGAAGCCGUAUCGCUGCUCGGAGUGCGGGAAAUGUUUUAGUGUAAGAGGAAAUUUCGUUAAACACCAACGGAUUCACACGGGAGAGAAACCAUAUUACUGCACAGUGUGUGAAAAGAGUUUCACUGCAAAAGGAAAUUUUGUGACUCAUCAACGGAUUCACACUGGAGAUAAGCCUUAUUAUUGUGCGGAGUGCGGAAUGAGUUUUACUCGAGAUGAUCAUCUUAAAGCACAUCAGCGUGUUCAUUCAGGAGAGAGGCCGUAUCACUGCCCCCAAUGCGGGAAGAGUUUUAAUGAGAGAGGAAGUUUGGUGAAACACCAGCGGAUUCACACUGGAGAGAAGCCUUAUUUCUGCACAACGUGUGGAUUGAGUUUUAAACAACGGACUCAUCUUCACAGACACGAGCGCACUCACACAGGAGAGAAACCGUAUCACUGCUCAGAGUGCGGGAAGAGUUAUAAAAUCCGAGAAUCUUUAGUAAUACACCAGCGGAUUCACACUGGAGAGAAGCCCUAUCACUGCGUACAGUGCAGCAAGAGUUUUAUUGACCGAAGUAGUUUAGCGAAACACCAGCAGAGUCACACAGGAGAGAGUCUGCAUCACAGCACAGAAUGCAAAGAGAGUUUUACACAACAGAGUCAUGUCGAACGGCAUGAGUGCGUUCGUUUAUUAGAGAAGUCUUAACACUGUUUAACAGUCAGGAAAAAAUUUCUUAAAUGUAGAAAAAAUCUUAUACACCAGUGUCAUCACACAUUCAUGAAAGAAUGCAUGACUGUUAACUCUAUGUACGUUUUUGGCACACAGGUACAUACAUAAGUCAGGAAAUGUAAUAAUAAUAAUUAUUAUUGUUGUGUUGAUACUGGCAACAUGAUUAAAUUUUAAAAUUAAAUUUAA